AUGAAUCGGUUCUUAAUCGUUUUUCACAAACAUGAAUCUCUUUCACGAAUCACUCUUUUUGUUCAACACACUUCACUCACCUCCACUCUUGCUUGGAAGUCCAUCAUUGAUUUUAUCUUUUCAUCAAUUCUUUUAUCUGCUUUUAUUGAAAUAAGGGUUAUUGCUCACAUUCUUUUACAAGGCCACAAACAAAAAUUAAGAGUGUGGAACACUGCUGUGUUUGGAAAAGUUGAAACUAAGCUUAAGGAUGCUGAAGAGGAAGCUCAUGCAAUUGAAUUAAUUGCAGAAGAUAGACCACUGCUGGGAAAUGAACAAGCUAGAAGAAAGGAACUAAUGGGUGAAAUCUGGAGGUUGAACAAAAUGUUGGAACGUAUCUGGUUACAAAAGUCAAGAGUUAGUUGGGCCACACAAGGGGAUAGGAAUACCAGGCAUUUUCACAUUAUGGCGUGCAACAGAAACAGUAGGAAUUCUUUGUGCUCUGUUCUGGUGAAUGGCUCAAUGGUUGAGGAACUUUUGAAGGUUAGACUUGAGGUAAAGAAGCAUUUCAUGAACCACUUCUCUGAAAAUUGGGUUGUUAGGCCUAAACUGGUUGGUCAGUUCAAACAUAUUGGAGAUAGUCCAGCAGUGGAUUUGUUGGAAGCAGAGUUUACAGAGGAGGAAGUUAGUCAUGUGAUUAAGAGCUGUGAAGGAAACAAAGCACCUCGGCCUGAUGGGUUUAAUUUGGCCUUUUUUAAGAAAUACUGGGGAAUAGUUAAGUCUGAGAUAAUGCAAUUCUUUAGUGAGUUCCAUCAGAAUGCCACUUUGUCUUAUCGUUCUUUGUACAAAAUUCUUGCUGAGGUCUUGGCAAAUAGAAUGAAGCAAGUGAUGCCAAGAAUCAUUAGUGAGUCUCAAUCAGCAUUUUUGAGGGGUAGGAAUAUUCUGGACGGGAUUCUUAUUGCAAAUGAGGUAGUUGAUGGGUGGAGAAAAUCGAAUAAGAAAGGUCUAGUGUUGAAACUAGACUUUGAAAAGGCUUAUGAUUCGUCAAUUGGAAAUUCUUGUUUAAUGUGUGUGCCAAUUUCGGAUUUGGUGAAAGAUGGGUGA